GUCACAGUAGCUUCCGCUCGCUGGCUGAGGGGGCUGCUAACAACAACAUAGCAGUACGGCUUCCUGCGCUUUGUUGUGUCAACUGAAAUUAAGUUGUUUUUUUUGUUUUUGUUUUUUAACAUGGCUUGGUGUGAUAUUUGACUUUUCAACAAGCCUAUAAAAAGCGACAUUUUCUUCAUCCAGUCAGCGAUCCAAGUUAAGUUAUUUGGCCGAAAUAGAGGGUGUGUCGGAUAUAGCGUUAGCUACGGUGGUUUUUCAAGCAAGAAAAGCGUGUGUCCUCAAAAUGAGAGGUUCUUACGGAGACAGAGAUCGAGACCGUGGCCGUGACAGAGGCAGCCCUCGUUUCGGGUCCAGCAGAGGCGGCCCACCACCGGGUAGAAAGUUUGGAAACCCCGGGGACCGUUUACGAAAGAAAAGAUGGGACCUGGAUGAGCUUCCUAAAUUUGAGAAGAACUUUUAUAGUGAACAUCCGGAAGUGCAGCGAAUGAGCCAGUAUGAUGUUGAGGAGUAUCGCAGUAAGAAAGAAAUCACUGUUCGAGGUUCAGGCUGUACAAAGCCUAUCACCAACUUCCAUCAGGCAAAGUUUCCACAAUAUGUAAUGGAUGUACUGAUGCAGCAGAAUUUUAAGGAGCCCACAGCCAUUCAGGCACAAGGUUUCCCUCUGGCCCUCAGCGGGAGAGACAUGGUGGGCAUUGCUCAAACUGGCUCUGGGAAGACCUUAUCGUAUCUCCUACCUGCCAUUGUACACAUCAAUCAUCAGCCCUACUUGGAGCGUGGAGAUGGACCCAUUUGCUUGGUUUUGGCCCCCACAAGAGAACUGGCGCAGCAGGUCCAGCAGGUGGCAUACGACUAUGGAAAGUCAUCCCGCAUCAAAAGCACUUGUGUGUAUGGUGGUGCUCCCAAGGGACCCCAAAUCCGUGACCUGGAGAGAGGUGUUGAGAUCUGCAUUGCCACUCCGGGUCGUCUGAUUGACUUCCUUGAGGCUGGAAAGACCAACCUGCGACGCUGCACAUACUUGGUUCUGGAUGAAGCUGACCGCAUGCUGGACAUGGGUUUUGAACCACAGAUUCGCAAGAUUGUAGACCAGAUCAGGCCCGACAGACAGACCCUGAUGUGGAGCGCUACAUGGCCCAAAGAGGUUCGCCAACUGGCAGAGGACUUUCUGAAAGACUAUGUCCAAAUAAAUGUUGGAGCGCUGGAACUCAGCGCCAACCACAACAUCCUGCAGAUAGUCGAUGUCUGUAUGGAGAGUGAGAAGGAUAACAAGUUGCUCCAGCUGAUGGAGGAGAUUAUGGCGGAGAAAGAGAACAAGACCAUCAUCUUUGUGGAGACCAAGAAACGAUGUGACGAUCUCACACGCAGGAUGAGACGUGAUGGGUGGCCAGCGAUGUGUAUCCAUGGCGACAAGAGCCAGCCAGAGAGAGACUGGGUGUUAUCAGAGUUCCGUAGCGGCAAAGCUCCCAUUCUCAUAGCUACUGACGUGGCCUCGCGUGGUUUGGAUGUGGAGGAUGUCAAGUUUGUCAUCAAUUAUGACUAUCCCAACUCAUCGGAAGACUACAUCCAUCGCAUCGGUCGUACGGCCCGCAGCACCAACAAAGGCACCGCCUACACCUUCUUCACUCCGGGGAACCUCCGCCAGGCCCGCGAGCUUAUCCGGGUGCUGGAGGAGGCCCGGCAGGCCAUCAAUCCCAAACUGCUGCAGCUUGUUGAUACUGGACGUGGUGGUGGAGGAGGUGGCCGUCCCCGUUUCCGUGGCGGUUCCAAUUCUAACAAUCCCAACCUUAUGUACCAGGACGCGUGUGACAGGCGAAUGCGGUCUGUGGGCGGGGGCGGCAGCACCAAGGACAGCCGCGGCAGCAGCAGCAGCUAUGGCCGCGACAGCCGAGAUAGCCGCGGAGGAAGCAGCCGGGACGGGGAACGCUCCUCUUCAUCUUCCUCCUCUUACAGAGAUCGCAGCAGCAGGGACGGUGGACGCACCUAUGGCUCCAGCUCCAACUCAUACGACCAGUACCAGAAUAACAGCAGCAACAGCAGUCAGUACAGCAGCUCCAGGGGCAGCUCUGGGUCAGGGGGCGGUGGAGUGGGGCAGGCCCCGCCUCCUUCAUCGGGCCCCCAGCCUCUAAUGGCUCAGCAGUUCAACUCUCCCCAGCCCAUGAUGGGCCUAAUGGGUCACUCGCCGUUCCAGUUUGCUCCUCCACCGCCACUUCCUCCAUCAGGCAGAAAGUAAUGUGAUCUAUGCAUCAGUCACACACACCAUAUCCAGUCACACAGGCCACUUGACCACUAUCACAUCAACAUGCCAAUUAUUUGUGUUGCAACACAUCAGUGCACUGUGCUUUUAAAAUUCUUAAUUUCUUUGACAUCAAAACAUUUAGACUGGUUCUGUUUCUUUAUUAAGUGGUCAACCCUUUUUGUUUUUGACUUUUUCUUUAAAGUUAACUUGAUCAGCAACAAUUAGUUUGUCAGAAACUUGCGUGUGAUUUGACUACGUUUGUCAAGAUCCUCUUUAAGUGAGCUGUUACAGAGGAUUUCUAGAGUAUCUGCUUUUCCCUUUAGGCGUGUCAAAGGUAGGUGCUGAAGUUAAUACUUGUAUAUAAGCUUGUUUUGGUUUUAGGUUCAGUGUCUUUAAUUUUGUGUUUGAAAUUUUGUAAGCCACAAGAUCCAUUUGAUUUAAAGAAAAACGUGGAGAUCCUGGUGUAUCUUAGAGCAAAAUUAGGGUUAAAAACAUUGUUUUACUAUAAAGGGAUUUUUUUUCCCUCUUCAGAACAUUUUCUUUGAAAUUUGUGAUUAUUUCAUUACAUAGAUAUUAGGCCUUUGUGUAGCCGUGGCAGCAAGUCGCAUGCAUGUAAAGGAGCUUUUUUCCUUUUGUGUUUGACAAAUCUUACCCACCAUAGAUUAUUCCGUUAAUCACCAGUGUGGUCACGUCUUUGCGGCAGUGAUGAUUUAGAUUUUCCUAUCAAAUAGUAAGUGUCUUUUUACAGUUUGUUUAAUAAAGCUCUUCAAUGUA